AUGAACGGCCACACGCACGCCUUCUCGCACGACACGUCGCUCAACGGCGGCGGCGGCGGCAUCUACACGAGCUCGGCCAACGCGCUCUCGAACGAUUUCGUCAAGAACGUCUGGGCCGGCGCUGGCUACCCGUAUGGCUUUUUUGAGCUGAGCUUCUCCAAGGACUGGCUCAAGGCGCAGUGGGUCACAUUUGACAAGACGUGGUCGUUUGCCGGCAACAACCUCGAGGGCACCAAGCGCGGUGGGCUCCAGCGUGGCCACUGCUGGUUCAUCCCAAGCUCGACGUACACGGCCAAGGGCGCGCCUGGUAUCGAGUGCAAGAGCUCGAUCAACGGUGCAAUCGGCGCCCCGAUCUCGUAA